UGGAACAUUAGUAAAAUCUGUCAAUCAGUUCCUGUUGUCGGCUUGUGUAGUACUGUUUGUGGGCAGCCAAUCAGCCUUUCAAAACUUGCUUUCUUAGUUUCUCCCUGUAUAUAAAUAUGCUCUAAAAUAUAAAGAAGAGCGUUUAGAAUAGGCUAUCUGGUUUUUGAGAGCUGAGGAAACAUGGGAGGUUGCGCUACCAAACCUAAGGUUUUAAAGGGUGAUGAGAUCCCUUCUCCGGUUGCACCACCUCCUGAGCCGGCGAAACAUGUUCAGGUCGCUGCUGAUGAGGGAAAGAAGGUGGAGGCUGAGAUUGUUAAGGCCAAGGAUGUUGACGAGACAAAGGAGGUUGUUAUUGUUAAUAAUGAGAAGGUUGAUGAUCAAGCCAACGAUCCUCAAUCUGUUAGUAAGUUGUUGAAUGAGAAUGAAAGGAAGGGGGUAGCUGAGACUGAGAGUGAUAGCAACACACCAUCAGAGCCAACGAAAACCGAAUCAGUAGAGGCAGUGAAACAAGAAUCAAUGGAGACAGACCCUUCGUCUGUUGGAGGCAAAGCAGCAACAGUGGCUGUGGGUGAGACACAAAAUAGGGAAACAGCAGCAGCAGGCGAGGAAGGGAAGACUGAAGUAACAAAGUGAAGUUGUGGGAACAAUUAUGUUCGAAGAAAAGAAAAAACAGAUUUGAUGUUUUCUCCUACGAUGUGAGAUUAAAUACUGUGGUGGAGAGAAUGUUGUAGAAAUCAAGUAUUUUACUUGGUUUAGGCGGCUUUCGAGUGACUUGCUUUUUGUUCUGAAAUAAUUAUUUCCUUUCAUCUGAGUUUAUCUUUUGCUUUCUA